UGUUCCAUUUCGAGUUUCCUCUUUCGCAGCUUCCGCGGAGGAAACUUUCGCAGUUUGGCCUCCGUUCCCUCUGCGUCUGUUUCUGACAAAUUGGCAGUAGCUCGGAACUGACAAGAAUAAGCCUCGCUCUCAUACUAUUGUACAGUAGUAAUCUCCUGCUCUUCGUUUUUUCGUUUGUUUCGUUGAAUCCUUGCCUCCACGCUUUGCAUGGUCCUGCCGGUGUUGAUGGAGGCUCAGAGUCAUUUUCAAGUAGACCUUGGUCACCUCAUGGCCUUCAAUCCUCACCAUAGCUUCCCUUCUCAACAUUCUUCCAGGGAGGAUCUGGUUAAGGAGUGUCUGCAAAAGGGAACUGAGUUAGUUCAAGCUAUUGCAGAUAGUCUCUUCCAUUUACCAUCCACUGAAGAUGUAGAUGGACCGCUUGUGAAGCUGCCACCCCCAGUGACAAAAUUGCCCAGAGAGAAGCAUCUCCCAAGGCCAAAGCCUCCAACAAAAUGGGAACUAUUUGCCCAAAAGAAAGGCAUUAAGAAGCGUAAGAAAGACAAGGUUGCAUACGAUGAACAGUCUGGAACCUGGAAACGCAGAUUUGGAUAUGAUCAUGCAAAUGAUGAAGAGGCUAUACCUAUUAUUGAGGCAAAACCGAAUGAUGAUCCAGAUGAAGAUCCUUUUGCCAAAAGAAAAGAAAAUAAGAAGAAAAGAAUUGAAAAACAGGAAAGCAAUAGGCUGAAGAACUUGAAACAAGCUGCCAAAGCUGGUGCUUUACCAAGCCAUAUUCAAUUGGCUGCUACAGCUUUGCCCAUUACCGGAACUCAAGCAGCACCCAAGAAAGUCACCAAGGAUGAACUAGGUAAUGUAGCUGGAUUAGCAGCAACUGCAACAGCUAGUGGUGGGAAAUUUGACAAGAAGUUGCCAGGAGAAAAAGCUGCACCGCACAAGGGAAAAUACCGGAAGUUCCUGCCAGUUGUGGAAGGAUCGGGGGUUGGAUCGCGUGAGAAGGAGCAAACUGAGAAAAUAAUGAACAAGAUUUUCUCCAAGAAUUCCCAUGAAAUUCUCAAUAUUGACAAGGCUGUCAAGACGUACAAUGUUAAGAAAGAGAAAAAGCAAAGGAGUGAGAAAGCAAAGGCUGCUUCGGCAACCGGUGGCAAGUUGAAACCCCAGAAAAGAAUUCAGAAGAAAUCCUCUAAAAAGGGGGCUUCCAAGAAAGGCAAGGCAAAAUGAAAUUAAAUUUUGUUUUCGGAGUAAAGCUUAGAAAGCGUCUGGCGCUUUUGAAACCUUGCUUACUGCGUUGAAGUUUUGUAGGAAGAAGAAUUAGUGUAUUAAAACAAUUUCUAUUAUUUGUUCUAUCUAUUUGCCUACCUAUAUAUAUGUAUCCAUCUGAAAUACUCAACAUACGUAGAUAGGAAUGAAGCCAUGGAUUUAUUAUAGUUUGUUUCUA